GUUCAAUUUUAGUCAAUCAUUGUCGUGCACUCAAAUCAUUUCUGUUGCUUAAAGAAACCACAAUAAAUUGUGGGACAUAAGUCAAUCGAACAAUUGUGUCGAAAAAAAAAUAUGUAAGAAUAUCAUCAGCGAUAGUGAACCAGCAGAACGAAAUAAAAAAUAAAAAUUAUUUUUUGGCUAAGCAGGAAAAAAAAAAGAAUCAAGGAAGUAGCUUAGAGCAAAAUAAUUUUUUUUUGUGUGACAAAAGCUAGUUAAACAAGUGAUAAUCUGAGAAGUUUCAAAUUAAAGUUUUAGAAAGAAGUGAGAAGUGAAGCUAAUUACAGCAAUACCGUAAAUGAAAAAUAAUUAGAAUUAAUUCUUACACCUGCAAAACUAAUAAGACAUUAUUAAUAGCAAUCAGCAGUUUCUAUUCGAUGAAUGAAAAUUGCUUUCCUGCGAAAAGAAAAAAAAUAAUAUAAGAAUUAUUAGCAUAUAAACUACUAAAUAGUGGGUUUAAUCAACACCGAAACACAGAAACAUCAUAAUUCUUUAAGAGAUCAGAAGUGAAAGCAUCAACAACUCGAAAACAAACGAAAUAAAUAUUAAUUCAAAAGGAAUUUAUGAAAUUGUACGCAAAAAGAUAUAAAGCAGUAAUAACAAAGAAUCAAAAUUGUUUGUGACAGUGCUAUAAAGUUUACUACGUGUAUAAAUAAAAUCAGCUUAUGAAAGGCUCAUCAAUACUCCCUUUGGUCAAAUAAACACAAUGAUAAAAGAAAUAAAAGUAAAGAGUGACGACUGGAAGAUAAGGAGAGAAAAUAAUUUUGAUCAUAUCAUAAAACCUCAAACAGUUUUUUAACUUUUGGUAUUUUCAUCACGAAAAAGGCAAAAAAGCUAAAGAAGUAAAAACUUUUUAAUUUAAUUUUUUUUCGGAAGAAUCUGAAGAAAUUAUUUGAAGGCAUAAAAAAAAUUAUAUAAAAAAAAGAAUUAAUUCAAUUAUAGAGUAAAAAGAGCAUAACAGCGCGUGUGAAAAGAUGAAACCUUUAAUAUUCCUCUGUGUUUUAAGUAUUGCAAAAACGGGAGGAAGUAUUGAUACACGUGACUCACAGUCAGAUGAGAAGCAAAAAGAAUUUAUAAAUAAUGGUGUGGUCAAUACAUUUGCUGGACUACCCGUCGCGGGAACUGUCAAAACAGAGCCAAAAUUAGAAACAUUGUUAGAAAUAUCAGACACAAAUCGAUACAUUACACUUGCGUUCCUUAAUGUGUCGUGGUUUGAUGGAAUUGAAAAAUAUAAGGAAGAUGAACACGAAAGAAGUAAAUAUGGAAUGGGACGUGUGAUGGAUGUGGAAGGUAGAUUAGUUUAUGUUACUGACUCUGAAAACGAGACCGAUCAUUCAGCAUGCAAUUCAAGUCUUCGUGAUAGUUUUGGUCGAUCGUUAAGUUUGUAUCAUAAUAUGCCAUGGAUCGCGCUUAUAAAACGCGGUGGCUGUGACUUCGAGAAGAAGAUCUUGCAUGUUUAUUCAUACCGAGCUGUAGGUGCCAUCAUCUUUAACAAUAAUAGUGGCAGUGAAUUAAAUUAUAUGAAAAUAACAAAUAAAGAGCUACUUGAAGGUAACAUUACAUCCGUUUUCACGCCAAUGUAUAAAGGCAACCAACUAGUUGAAAUUAUUAAGAAUCAUGGUGAACAUAAUCCUGUCAAAUUAUCGAUAAAACAAGGAAUGAGAUUUGAUAAAAAGUCAAGCCUGAAUCACCGAAGUUCUGUCCUUUUUGUGACAAUUUCGUUCAUCAUUGUGAUGGUUAUAUCCAUGUUAUGGUUGAUAGUUUACUAUUAUCAACGUUUUAGAUAUCUUCAAACUAAAGAAAAUGAACAGAAGAUGGAUACAAAUAAAGCCAAAGAGGCACUUAGGAAAAUUCCAACGAAAACUAUCAAAACUCUUUCAAAGUUGUUAGAUUGAGAGUUAAGUGUUUCAAACCGCAAUGAAAGGUGGAAAUUUUGAGGUUAUAAGAACAAUAAUUGACGAAACAACAGAAAUGCACUCUCAACUCUCAUCGACACAACAUUUUUCCCACAUUUUAAUGGAGCGAAAAAAACCAAUUUUCACACAAAAUUUAUUUUUUUUUUUUCUAUUUCAACACAAAAAUGUUUUUCAGGAAAUUGAAAGUGAUUGUUGUGCCGUGUGCAUCGAAGCUUACCGUCUUAACGAUGUUUUGAGGUGUUUGCCAUGCAAGCACGAGUUUCAUCGAAAUUGUAUAGAUCCAUGGCUUCUGCAGAACUACACAUGUCCGUUGUGCAAGUGUCGGGUCUUGAAACAAUAUGGCUUCGUUGUGAGUCGAUCAAAUGAGAGUGGCCCAUCCACAAAUGCUUAAAUCAUAUUUUCCAUUCAUUAUCAACAAAAAUGUUAAAAUUGAAAUACGAAAAGAUAAAAAAAAAUGGCAAUAAUAAUUUCCUGAUAAACUCUAAAAGCAAACAAGAUUUCGUUAAGCUUUUUCUGUUUGUUGAUUAAACAAAAAAUUUUAUUGAACAUUUUCGCGCAAAUAAAAAGACGAGUCAGACUUUGUUGAUAAUGAAUGAGUUUAUUAGCUUUUUUAGAAUUUUAAAACCUACUUAAUUUUAUUAUUAUUAUUAUUAUUGGUUAAGUUUACCUUAAUUUUGUAUCAUUUUGAAGUAUUACACGUGCACAUGUAUUAUAAUCAUGUUAAUAUUUGUUCACAUUUUUGGAUGCGACUCAAGAGUUUGAAGGCACUUAUCAAGUAAAUUAAUCAGAUAAUCAUAUUCUGAUCAGGAAUGUUCGUGUCUAGCAUAUGACUAUAUCAUGCUUAACGUUCAUCGAACUUUUUACCAAAUAUUUGUUUUGUGUACAGAAAUAUUGACAAAGACUGUUAAGAAGUUUUGAUCGAUUGUGGUCAUGACUUUGUUAAGAAUUAUUUUGGGAAAAUUCUUGAUAGCGUGGGAUUAUGUUUAAGUCUGUAAAUUGACAGGAAUGAUUUAUGUGAUGAGUUAAGUGUCGUCAAUAACUUAAUUACUUAGUGACAGUGGAAUAGCAAGCACUUGGGAUCAAUUUACCUUGACGAUGCCGGUCCUUCAUCUUGCU